AGGUCGGUAACUAUAAAUAUCCUCUUUGAGAUGCACAAGGAUGGAAUCAUCUUCUGAGAGAGACGUGGUUGUGGUCCGGUUAAACAAAGUUGUGGAUGCAAGUGACAACACCGUAAUGACACCAUGAUCCGUGUGUUACGUAUUAUCACCAUAAGAUCGUGUCGGGCAGUAGAAGUUGAAUGUUUGAUAACUGUCACUCCUGUGUACUGUGUACAGCAGUUGCUCCAUUUCACCAUGAUAUUUUAUUUUCCUAUUUAAACCGCAGAGAAACGAUUCAUUUACUUAACAAACUUUCAAAAGCAAAAGAAAGUGGAAGAAAGAAAAACUAAACAAAGCUCAACACAAACAAUGGCAGCCAUCAGUUUUGCAAAGAGUGCUGCAGUAAUGAACAUCUCCGGUUCAUUCCCUCAAACCCCAUCUACUUGCAUUCCUUCAUCAUCUGUAUCAUUCCGCAAAGCCUCAAGUGUUAGCUUCUCCUCUAUUCAAGUCUCAAGUUUCAAUCCCAACCAAGACAGGAACACAGUAGCUAGAGAAAUGAAGUGCAGAGCUAAAGAUCCAUUAGCUGAACAAGCAGUAGAGAAACUAAACGAGGGCAUUGCAAAAGCAACAGAACUGUCUGACAGUGCAAUCGCUAAUGUGACAGAAAACAUCGAAACAGCCAAAGCGAAAGCAGGAGAAUUACUAGACCAGUUGAAAGAUAACACGUCGGAAUCGAUAGAGAAUGUCAAAGGAAAGGGUGAAGAAUUGAAAGAAAAGACUGAAGAUGUGGCAGGAUCCGUGAAAGAUAACGUAGUAGAAGGAACCGAGAAGGCAACUGCGACUGCAUCUAAUUUAGGUGAGGAAGCUAAAGAGAGUGUAUUAGAUGUGGGAGAGAAAGCCAAAGAAAUUGCCAAGGAAGCUUGGGAAGCUACUAAAGACACAACACAGAAAGUCAAGGAGGCUGUUGUUGGUACAGAUGUGUUAGAGAUGUAAUUAGAGUUUCAGUUCAUCUCUGGUCAGCUGAGCAAGAGGAACAAAUUUUCAAUUUGGUAGAAACCAAGAGCCGACACAAAGACCCAAUACAAUUUGUUUGUGUUUUUAUACAAUUUGUGCAAACUGAUUACAAUUCAAUGUGCUUGGAAGCAAUACAUGCUGUUGUAAAAUACUAGAAAUCUUAUCUGGGAAAUUCGGUCAAGAGAAAAAUGUUAUUUAGAGUCAUGAAUUCAGUUUCAUAGUAGUUGAUGGCUAGAAUAUAUUGCUCAUUUUCU